UCAUCCCCCCUCCCCCCUCCCCCCCCCCCCAAUUUUACGCGGAUACACGGUUGAAGGAAAGAACCGUUUAUGGUCCUGGCUGAAGAUUCCACGAUGUCUCGCACCGACGAGGUUCACCGCAUGACGGAAAAUGUCUAUAAGACCAUCAUGGAGCAGUUCAACCCCUGCUUACGGAACUUCGUUGCCAUGGGGAAGAACUAUGAGAAGGCUCUUGCCAACGUGACAUUUGCUGCCAAAGGAUACUUUGAUGCUCUAGUCAGAAUGGGUGAACUGGCUAGUGAAAGUCAAGGAUCCAAAGAUUUAGGGGAUGUGCUGUUCCAGAUGGCUGAGGUCCACAGACAGAUCCAAGUGCAGCUAGAGGAGAUGUUGAAAUCCUUCCACAACGAGCUGCUCUCUGAGCUGGAGAAGAAGGUGGACCUGGAUUCCCGUUAUCUGACUGCUGCCCUGAAGAAAUACCAGGUGGAACACAAGAGCAAAGGGGAAAGUCUGGAGAAGUGCCAGGCCGAGCUGAAGAAGCUGCGCAGAAAGAGCCAGGGCAGCAAGAACCCCUCCAAGUACGGAGAGAAGGAGAUGCAGUUUGUGGAGACCAUCAGCAGUAAGCAGACUGAGCUGGACACCUUCAUCGCAGAGGGAUUCAAGACAGCCUUGUCUGAGGAGCGUCGCAGGUACUGCUUCCUGGUGGACCGCCAGUGUGCCGUGGCCAAGAACAGCAGCGCCUACCAUGGCAAGGGUAAAGACCUUCUGACUCAGAAGAUCCCAGUUUGGCAACAGGCUUGCUCAGACCCCAACAAGCUGCCAGAGAGGGCCAUGCUUCUGGCCCAGCAGAUGGGCUCAACUGCCCUUGGGGGUACAAGCCCCCUGCAUACCUCCAAAUCCAACUUGGUCAUCUCAGACCCUAUCCCCGGGGCCCAGCCUCUUCCUGUGCCCCCAGAGCUGGCUGUUUUCAUGGGCAGUGGCCUGGGACACCCAGCGAGGCUGAUUGGCCCCGAUGGUAUGUCCAUGGUAAAUGGGACAACAGGAGUCCACGGGGAGGAGUAUUGGACGGAUGGUGGGACUAUAUCCGUGCCCCAAGUCAGGCCUUCAUCCCCUCAGACCCAGGUGCCUGGCCAGUCCCAGCCUCAGCCACAGAGACAAGUCAGCGAUGUCUACUCCAACACCCUCCCUGUCCGCAGGCCUGCCCCCGCCAAGAAUAAGAACCCCGUGGGAGAGACACGAACCCUGCCCAGGUCCAGUUCCAUGGCAGCAGGCCUGGAAAAGAACGGGCGCGCUCGUGUCCAGGCCAUCUUCUCCCAUGCUGCAGGUGACAACGGCACCCUGCUCAGUUUCUCUGAGGGAGAUGUCAUCACCCUGCUAGUGCCUGAGGCCCGCGAUGGCUGGCACUACGGGGAAAAUGAGAAGAACAAGAUGCGUGGCUGGUUCCCAUUCUCCUACACGCGUGUGCUGCCUGAAAGCGACAGUGAGAAGCUCAAAGUGAACCUCAACCAUGGGAAAAGUAGCAGCACAGGGAAUUUGUUGGAGAGUGAUGCAUCACUGCCCACACCUGACUAUGGCCUGACCGCCCGACUGCUGGCACAGAGCCUAGCACAGACCCGCCCACGGCCCUACAGCAUGGCAGGCUUUGGCACACAGGUUGGUGCACAGCCUGCUAUUGAGGAUUAUGACGGCCGCUUUGCCACAAGUUUGGGUCCAGAAUUGUCCCGCUUCUGAGGGAACAGGACCUCCUGACCGUUCCAUGGAGGUCUACCUCCGGCCCACCUUCAAUGAUGACCGAUCUGCUCCCAUCUUCUACUAGCGGCCUGCUGCCCACUUUUGUCCACUAAUGGGCCCUUUUUGACGGAGAGAGAGAGAGAGAGAGAGAGAGAGAAAAUGGCCAACAUUGACAUGUCAGUUGUAUGAUGUCAUCACAAGAGGGCACAAGAGGUGUCGCACUACAAAGAAUUAAGUUUCUUUGCCGUGGAAAUUCACUCUUGAGAAUUUCUAGUUAAUCCUCGUGAUAUUUUUUGCAAAUGCCUCCACAAUCAUUGAAUGUCUCAGCCUGAACAUUCAAUCGCAUUCAAUUGUGAUAGUAGAUUUGAUUAGUUAUUUAGAUCUCACCAGUUGUGGAUAAGGUAUGGCUAAUAGGUUUUUACUAGUAAUGCAGUCACAAUAUUAUUUAUUUGCACUUAUGCGAUGGGAUUUAUUUUGUCCUUCAACGCUUAUACACUGUAGAUUUCAUUUGAGGAUUAUUUGCAUUCAUGAGCAGCGAAGGAACGGCAAAGGUUGUUUUAAUGCGGCUUGAGGGUGAAUAAGAUUGUCGACAACAGUUCAGUGCAUCACUGUAAUCUGCACAGUGUGUUGAUUGGAUGCUGCAACAAAUAGCUAGAACUGGUCAGUUGGUAAGUAAACUAUGAUUCUGCUUUUGUUAAAUGAUAUAACAUAGUGAUAUAUUUACUAGUUGUGAUACAGUAUACCCAUAUUUUAAAUGUGGGAACUGUGCCUUCUAAUUUUUUUUUUUUUUUUUUUUUUUUUUUUUUUUUUUAAUAUGUAUUUCAUGCAGCAUUGACCCAAUCAUUAUGUAAACUGGUUUGAGGGCUUAUGCAUCACAGUUCAAUUAGGUUUUUUUUAAUAUUCCUUAAAGUAAAAGUGGGGUUAUUUCUGUUUUUGUUUUGCUUGUAAUGUCAGAAUUUUUUUUUUUUUGCUUAGCAAUCUCCUGCACAGUGCGAUUUCACUGAAAUACAAGAAUAUUUCAGUAAUGUGUUGUCAGAUAUCCAAGAGAUGAACUACACUGCAUGCUCUUUUUAAAAAAUAUAUAUAUUUAGCUUUGAGGGAGUGGUAGCUUAUCAGAUAAGGUACAGUAUUAUCAUAGCUUUUGAUCGUUCAUUCUCCGUAUUAUACACUUGUUGGGAGAAAAGCUUAGAUCAGAGGCAUUUAUCUAGUGUUAGGGUAGAAGCGGAGCUGUAUGCGAUUAAAAGAAAACAAAAAAAGAAAAAUAGUGUGAACGUGUUAAAAUGCCUCUGAGACUGCAUGAAAUCAAGUUCCAUCAUGAAAAGUCAAUUUUCCAUGGAUGAGUCCUUUACACUGAGUGAUAUGAUCAGGCUUUUAUUACACGGCUCAUUUGGGCAGCAAGUUUCAAAUCAGUUUUUUUUUUUUUUUUUUUUUUUUUUUUUACACUUUUAUAUAGCUUUCAUUGUCCAUUUCUCACUUUUGUCCCCGUUUGUAUUAUAUCCGUACUGUACAGAAAGUGCAUAAAUUAUCUUGUCCAAAAUAAAUCUGAAUGGGCAGAAACUUCA